AUGGCCUCUCGCACCCCCAUCACCAUCGACAAUAAAGGCGAAGGCCGCAGCGUGGAGAUCGGAAAGCUGCGACUGCACGGCUUCACCUCGACCCACGGCGUGGCCAAUUUCCUCAACGUGCCCUUUGCGACGAUUCCUGCGCGAUUCAAGACGGCCAAACUGCUCGAUCCCACGACGUUGAAUGGCGACCUCGACGCAAGCCAGUACGGGCCGCGGUGCCCGCAGCCGGCCGACCCGAUCCAUAUCAUCAUGCACAACAUGUUCGAGGUGCAGUCGAUGGAACAAUACAGCAGCGAGCUCGACUGUCUGCAUGUGAACAUUUAUGCGCCAGCGGACUUUGAGUCGGGGAAGAAGUUGCCUGUGUUUGUGUAUAUCCAUGGGGGGGCGUUCAACUGCGGCGACAACACGACCGAGUUUGAUGGAAACCAUCUCGUGAAGCGGUCGAUAGAGCUAGGCCGACCGAUUGUCGUGGUGACGAUCAACUACCGACUGAACGUGCUCGGGUUCCUGACGUCUCGCGAACUGAUCGCCGAAGCGGAAUCAGCAGGCGAGCGCGCGGUGGCCAACCAGGGCCUGAACGACCAGAAGCUGGCUCUGCAAUGGAUCCAGCGGAACAUCCACCACUUUGGCGGCGACGGACACCGCGUCACCCUCUCGGGCGAGUCGUGCGGUGCGGCCUCGGUGGUCUGCCAGCUGAAGAACACCGAGCCCUUAUUCCACCAGGUGAUCAUCCAGUCGACCCCGUUGCCCAGGCUGCGCACCCUCGACGAAGCCCAGCAGGUAUUCGACACGCUGGUCCGUACGGCGGGCGUCUCCCUUUCGGCGCCCGGACCCGUCAAGCUGGCUGCCGUGCGCAGUCUGCCCGCUGCGACGCUGAUCGACGCGGUCGAUCUGGCGGGUCCGUCGUUUCCGAUCGAAGACGCCGAUUUCUUCCCGGGAUACAACACCACCAUCGAUGCAGUGGAGUACUGGUCUCGCGUGCCGUCGUACUGUCGCCGAGUAAUCAUCGGCCACACCAAGGACGAAGGGGCGUUAUUCUUCGUCCCCCCGUUGGACGGUCUGACGAGCGAGAAGCUGACGAACAUCAUCUCGUGUCUGAACCCGGACCCGAAAUUCACCUCUGCGCUACUCGACUCGCAGCUGUUCACCUCCGCAACGUCCCCGAUGCGCGCCCUGGUCGCUUUCGGCACGCGGUCUGUCUUCCAGCGUCCGGUGAUGGAGCUGGCGGCUGCCAUGGCCACCCGGGACAACGCUCAGCAGGUAUACGUGUACGGGAUCGAUGCGACGGAUCCGUUCCCCGGUCCGUUACACGGGUAUUCGUGGCAUUCGUUCGGGGUGCCGAUCAUGUUCUACCAGCCUGCAUGCCAGAAACACGCCGAGCUGAAAGCCACGGCGGACCGAAUGAGCGAGAUCUACCUUGGGUUCUUCCAUGGCGAGGAACCGUGGGAGGGAUAUGCCGUUGCCCAGCGCAAGUGGACGUGGAAGGGGGAACAGUCCGGCAUGGUCACGCCGGAAGAUCUCACGGACGAAGCCUUGGUCGCUUUACAAGGGGACCAGGAGUUAACGGAGGCGUAUCUGCUUAAGAGGGAAAGACUGCUUGAAUCGGUAUUAGGCUGUGUAUGUUAA